ACCAGUACAGCAGUUGAUAAACACGCUACAGUCACUAUGAAGCCCCCAUCUCGCCACCGACAUUUACCAUCACGUUUUUUAGCCUUAAACAAAACUGAAUCAAGGAGGAACUCGGUUACUAGUUGGCAUCGCCAGGAUCUGAAGAUGCUCCUGUUUGCUCUGAAACAGCAGCAUAAGCUGAAAAAAUUGGAUGUUUUUGAGCUUCGAAAGAAGGUCCCCAAAAGCUCCCUGCCUGAGUUUCACAAUAUGAUCAAGUCCUUGAAGAAACAGGUGGUGAGACAGGUGUACCUGCAGGUUCAAAAACAAAGACAAGAGGAACUAAAAAUCAAAGUACCAAUUGAAAUAUGGGCAGAGCUAGCAAAAAGAAUGACUGGUGUUCAUGAGGAAACAUUAUCUUCUGCCUUUUCUCAGAUGCUCAUCAUCGCUGCCACAGAGCCAUGCAGUCUACUCCACUCCGAUCCUCCACGUUCUAUUAACACUCCAGAUCUUGUGGCCAACAACUUGCACACUGUACCCAUGAGCCCGCUAUGCAUGUCACCUUCACUGUCUAAAAUGCCUUCCACUCCUUCUCCAGUGAUAAUUCUGCCAGUUCAAACCUGUAGAAUGCCUGGGAAUGAUGCAGGUUUCAGCCCCUCUGCCCAAACCACUAGGAUAAUGACUCUACCUCAUCCCGUGCUAUCACAUGCUGAGAAUAAAUCCAGUGAGUCAAAUUGUAUGCCGGACAAUGACUCGUUAAAGCCAUCCACACCCAGAACUCCCAAGUCUUUAAGCCAGCCUUCUAGCAGCCAGAAUCAGCCGGUCUUAAAGUCAGCACCAUCAGUGUCUAUUUUAAAAGCUGUGUCUAAUGCUCCGGUCUUACUCUCAUCAACAUCUAAUCAACCGGUUAAGCCCUCUGAAAGUGGACAAUCUAAUCAAGGCCACCUGUCUAAAUCAAUAUGCAUGAACUUUGUGGUGGAUUUUGAAAAUAUUUAUCGUUUUCUGGCGAGUAUAAACAACAAAAACAACAAUCCAACUCUCACUGCAAUGGAAAAUGCAGUGGUUUUUGACCUGCUGAUGUGUUUGCCUGAAGAGCUCCCCUUGCUGGACUGUAAGGAACUGCAGCAUCAUUUACUUCUGGAAUACACACGUCUAAACAGACCUCCAUCGAAGCCCAGCAAUGAUCAGGGACCUGCAUUUGUUCAUCCAGCUGAAGGCACUGAGGUUACCUCACAAGCACUUAGCGGACAAACUGCUGUGGAAAAAAGUAAUCAGAAGGAAGGGGUAACAGAACAAAACACAAAGGAAACGCCAAAACACAAAGGAGACAAAGCUGAUUGGGCAGCAUCUGGUCUGUGUCCCAUAAAUCUGUUUAUGGUGCCGGUAGCCCUUCUCAAACGCCAAUAAUCGAAGAUAACAUCAAAAGGCCCUUUUUAUUUACAACGGUACAGUAGGAAUAAUUGUAUUUUUGAGUCUGUUCAGAAUCAUUGGAGUAAGACAUUGCAUGGUUGCAAGUUAAAAUGUAGCUAACAUAUUUUACCCUGCCAAAACAGCCUAAAUGUAGGCUGCACUGGAAACAUCUUAUAAUUUUGACGAAGUUAAUGUAAAUUGUAACUCUUGAUAGACUGAAAAUGUAUGAAUUUUAUUGUUGCGUCAAUCUACAGUUUUCUGUUACUCAAACAGUAACAUAAUCUAAUGCCUUCACAAGCUAAUUCCUUCGUCCUUGAAAAAUUGAUUUAAGUUUUAAUAUUGCUCGAUGCUGUCUUGUGCAAAGCCAACAUUGACCCAAAAGUUGUGUCUGAACCCACAUGCUAAUUUCAACAAGUUGUAAUACUUGUGGUGUAAUAAUCUAGUAUGCUGUUUACUUUGGACACUGUAUAUCUGUCUUGAACUUACUUAUCCAUGCACUUAUCUUGUCUUAGUCGAGAUGCACAUCACACAUCUUUAUGUUUUAAAAUUUAACAUCUCAGCUGUUUUUCUUCCUGCCCCUCUAACUAUAUUAAGUCUUUAAAACAUGUUGAGAUGGAGGCAUAAACCAGACAUUUUGCUAAAAGCAAUAUGCAUCUUUAAGGCACUGACAAACUGACAAGGAGUAAAAAAAUUCUCAGUCACAACGUUUCAUAUAUUUUGGCACAAUUUAGAUUCAGAUUUUGCUACUGUAUGUGUCCACAGCAGUGUGCUGUAUAGCAGCAGACUAUGUCUCUGUUUUGUAUUUGGCUAAUUUAUGUGUUAACAAAAGUACAUUAUAGGAUUAAGAUGGUUAAGAUUUUGUAAUGUUUAUUUAAUUGUUUUAAGUUAUUAAAUUUUAUUUUAUUUUUUUCAAAA